AUGGUACAAUCAAAGAAGUUUAGAGGUGUCAGGCAACGCCACUGGGGCUCUUGGGUUGCUGAAAUUCGCCACCCUUUGCUGAAGAGAAGGGUGUGGCUGGGGACCUUCGAAACCGCGGAGGAGGCGGCUCGGGCCUACGACGAGGCCGCCGUUUUGAUGAGCGGCAGAAACGCCAAGACCAACUUUCCGGUGGCCGCGAACGAGGACAAGGCUUCGGCCGCCUCGUCUGCGGCGGCGGCCGGUCCGUCGUCCCCUUCUUCCAGUACCGCCCUCUCGGCGAUCCUCAGCGCGAAGCUUCGGAAGUGUUGCAAGGCGCCGUCGCCAUCUCUGACGUGCCUGAGGCUGGACACCGAGAAUUCCCACAUUGGGGUGUGGCAGAAGCGCGCCGGUCCGCGUUCCGACGCCCACUGGGUCAUGAUGGUCGAGCUCGGGAAGAAGAACAACCACGGCAGCCCCACGCCCCAGCCGCCGCCGGCGGCUGCGCCGGAGGAGAUGCCUCAAGUGGUAAUGGGCGGAAAAGAAGCUGGAGUAAGUGGGCUUCACGAGGAGGAGAGGAUUGCACUUCAAAUGAUAGAAGAACUCUUAAACAGGAAUUAA